AAGGAUAUUGUAGCAUAGUGCUGCGGGCUGGCAGUGGAAGCGGCGACUGGGGCGCCUAGCCGCUGGGCGGGGUGAGAAUGGAUGUGAGAUCGCAGGAGCAGAUCAAUGGCACACGAAUGUCAUGGAACGUUUGGCCCAGCACCAGAUUGGAUGCAACUCGCAUCAUCGUCCCGCUGGGCUGCUUAUACACUCCGCUCAAGGAGACAGAGGGCCUCCAACUAGUGGAAUAUGAGCCCGUGAUCUGCAAGGGAAGAGAUUGUGGAGCUGUGCUGAACCCCCUUUGCUACGUGGACUUCCACUCCAAGAGUUGGACGUGCCCGUUCUGCCACACGCGCAAUCGUUUUCCUCAGCAUUAUGCAGACCACAUCACCGAGACCAAUCUACCUGCGGAGCUACUGCAAAUGUGCAGUACGAUCGAGUACAUCAUUCCUCAGGUGGUUUGCCAGCCGCCGGUUUUUCUACUGGUUUUGGAUAUUGCCCUCAUUGAAGAGGAGCUGGAACAGGCGAAGGAUUCCUUACAGCAGUCCUUAGCCAUGAUGCCACAGAAUGCGUUGGUGGGCUUCAUCACCUUUGGCGCGAUGUGCUACGUGCAUGAGCUGGCCUCCACCACUCUACCCAAGGCGUAUGCCUUCCGUGGUGGCAAAGAGUACACAGCUCAACAGGUAGCAUACCAGCUGGGAUUUGCCUUGAAGAACGACCCUAGGGGCACCAUGGGUGCCCAGGCAGCCAGGAGAUUCCUGCUGCCAGUAGCUGAGUGCGAGUUCACGUUGAACUCCCUCUUGGACGACCUGUCGCGGGACGCGUGGCCUCCCGGAGGUCACGAUCGGAGGCCCUUCAGGUGCACGGGAGCAGCGCUGAGUGUGGCACUUGGGCUGGUUGAGGCCACGUGUCCACAGAGCAGCGUCGGGGAAGCCCGGAGGGAGGUGUUGUGUCGAGCUUUUCGAGCAGCGUCGGCCUGGCGGCCAAGAUAUAGUCGUCAAACGUGCCCCAGACAGUUGACAGAUCCAAUAGAACGGCAAGAACGGGACUCCGGGACCGUCCGAACGAGUCUUGUGGGAACCCAAUCGCUAAAGACAAUAACAGUACUACUGUCGUCAGUGGAUUUCAAUGGAUUUCAGCAUCAAACAGUGGUGAUGUGA